ACCCAUUUGCUAAAAUGGCAAGUGCAAUGACAUGGACAUGUACAUCUUGUACAUACGAGAAUCAGUUAAAAUCUCAAUACUGCUCCAUGUGUAAUGAAGAAAGGAGCUUUAAAGAUAGUGAUCCUAUGAAAAGGAGGCAGAAGAGAACAAAGAAAGAAGAUGAAGAGGAAAUAGGUCCUGAAGUUACAGUCAUGGAUCGACUGUCAUCUUUCUCUAGAUCUCUCUUUCGUUUGAAGAGCAGCCAUUGGAGCUGCCCUGGAUGUACUUAUAAAAACAACGAGGCUGAUACUCAAUGCGCAGUGUGUGGGCAUGAUAAACCAAUUGAUGUUAAACAAUCUAAAGAUGACAGGCAAUCUAAUGACACUAACACUGGUAGUAUUACCAGUAGCAUCAGCAAUGGGAUCAGCUCUGGCUUCAAAAAACUUAAGAAACUUUUUGAGCCAGAGCCUGAAGUAACAGUAACAGGAUGGACAUGCAGGAAAUGUACUUUUGUCAAUCAUCCUGAUUUACUGGAGUGUGAGCAGUGUGGAUCAACAGGGCGGCGGCAUCCACUGAGUUUAGAUCAUAUACUACCAACAGACGACGGCGAAGUAUUAUUUGGCGAUCCAGCUGUGCUUAGAGAAUUAAUAAAUAAAUUAGAGAAUAGUCCACUUAAUGAAUAUUCAUUAGAGGAGACAGAUAAAUGGGUGUGUCCGGCUUGUACAUAUCAUAAUAAAGGAGGUGAAAGGUGUGGCGUAUGUGAACGACGGCGGACCAUUGUCACACCUUUAAGUCUAUCUACUGAUGUACCUAACAAGUUAGAUCUAGUACGACAGAUUAGCAGUGACCAAUCUCAGAGUGUUAAAGAGAUAGAGGAGCUUAUGGAGGAUUAUGCUCGUAGGGUGGAGAAGAGCAUUGUUGCUCAACAAAAGAAAUUAAAAGAGCCAUUCAUUGAUCCUGAUUUCCCCCACUCCCCUCGAUCGCUUUAUAUUAAUCCAAAGAUCCCAAUAUCUCGCUGGGAUGUCAUUAGUAAGUGGUCCAGACCAGCUGAUAUACGUCUUGACAGAAGACAUGGUACCUGGUGUGUGUUUAGGGAUCCUAAACCUGACGACAUUGCACAAGGAAUGCUAGGAGAUUGCUGGUUUCUUAGUGCACUUGCAGUGAUUGCAGAAGUACCUGAAUUAUUGCAGAAAAUUCUUAUAACAAAAGAAUUUUGUCCUCAAGGUGUUUAUUUGGUAAAACUGUGUCGUGAUGGACUCUGGCAGACCAUACUAGUCGAUGACUAUUUCCCUGUUACUGCAGAUUUUUGGAGUAAUCAACUAGUUUUUUCAAAAGCUCGUAGAGGACAGCUAUGGGUUCCUCUGAUAGAGAAAGCAAUGGCUAAGAUGUAUGGAUCAUAUGAAUCACUUGAUGGUGGCACCAUCAUUAGUGGUCUCUCAGUAUUGACUGGGUAUCCUUGCGAUGUGAUACACUUAAGAGCUCAUCAUGCAGAUGAGGAAGUUGAGCAAGAGCUUGUGUGGGCUAAACUCCUGAGUUUUAAAGAAUCCAAGUUUCCAAUGGCAGCUUCUAGCAGUCCAGUUGAUCCAACCGAAUCCAUUGAUACUGAACUUGGUAUUCAACCAUUUCAUGCUUAUUCUAUAUUAGACAUAAAACAGAUUGGAACUGAGAGUGUUGUAGUGUUGAGAGAUCCAUGGGGUCACACUAAACCAGGUAGGGAAUGGAGAGAAUCUGAACCUGGAACUUUCAUGAUCGGAUCAAACCAUCUCUUCAAAUACUUUUCUCAUGUUGAUGUGUGCUACUAUCAUCCUGACUGGCACAGUAUUCGUGUCAAAGGUCAAUUCCCACGUCAUGCCCCAUCACAUCUUGAAGUACUCACUUUUCAAACCUUUGAACCAACGGAGGUCAAAAUAUGCCUCUAUCAACCCUCAUACAGAGGCUGUAGGGAAGAGAGUUAUAAGAAGGUGGAUAUAUUGCUGCUACUGGUACGGUAUGAUGACAGAGGGGGAUCACUGGAUAAACUUGAAGGAUCAUUACCAUUCCCUUCCGAGUGUAUUACCACUAGCAAACAUAAUAUGACCUCAGUGGUCACCUGUUCUGCAAUUCUUAAUCCAGGAAGGUAUUCUGUUAUACCAUUGAGUUUUAAGAAUUGGCAUGCAACUUUGUCACACGAGAGUCCUGUCCCAUAUGUCAUAGGAUUGUUUUCUGCUAAAGUGAUUGAAUGGGUUGAACGGGCACCCACUAAACCAGGGUAUCUGUCUGAAUCACUGUUCCUGUUGGCUAGGAAGGAAGGGACACUCAGAAGUUUUAAUCAUCACUUAAAGUUGUACGAUGUUCAUAUUUCUCGCUCCCUUUGGUUUGUUGUGAUUGAGAAUCAUGACAAGUUCUACCACUACAGAAUAUCCAUAGACUUUACUGGCACAAUCAAUCUCAAACUAUCAAGAAAUGGUCUUCAGAUAGAUGACUACAUACCACCUCAGCAUAGGUUAGAUUAUCAACUAUAA